CGCAACUCAUCAAGCUUCUAAUAUUUUAUCAUUUGCUUAUUACAGUCCUAAACCUUGACCUCUUUUUUCAAACUUUCUGCUAUCUAGAAACAAUAAAAAUGUUUUACUACCCCAAUGUCCUCCACCGCCACACUGGAUGUUUUUCCACAGUUUGGUUAGCUGCCACCAGAGGUAUCAGGGUAACUCGCAGAGAGCUUCUCAGAGUCAACGUCAAGCGAACAUGCGGAGACAUUUUGGAUUAUGUGACAGCUCAAGUUCCCCCACCUCAACCACACCUGCCAAAGCCUCGGUUCUCUCUGUACCUGUCAUCUCAGCUUCAGUAUGGAGUGGUUGUUGUCUACCACAAGCAGUGUGGCUUCCUGCUUGAGGAGAUUCAACAGACCAUCGACCGCCUGCUGCGCUCUAAAAGAUGCAUAUAUAUUGACAUGGCUGAGUCUGACAGGUUGGCCUUGGAUGUGCCUGAUAACCUCCACCUGAUGGAGGAGGCUGAGCGAGCUCAGGACCCCUUCUUCGGUCUUAUGCAAUCAUUCCAACUGCCCAGCCCUUAUAAAGUACACCAGCCAGCGUUGGUGAGUUCACAGCACUCCCUGGUGCCCAGUCCCCACACCGCACUCGACACAGAGGGUUUCAGGUCACAUCCAGCUGCCAUCUCCCUGACCGAAAAGGAGCAGUUUGUCAUCCCUGCUGCUGAGCAGUAUUUUGAAGGAGACGACAUUCCUGAAGCCACAGCCAGAGAGAUCGACUUGCUGAUGGAUCAACCAGAUCAGUUUCGUAGAGAAGAGGACGAGCGGCAGACAGACACCAGGGAAUGUGAAGGUGCCAUGACCUCUAUUGACCAGCUGAAGGAGACAGUGAUGGGAGCAGAGCGGGACAGUGUGUGGCUGCUCCACGAGGAGUCGGGUCACCCUGCGGAUGCUCCGCUGGCAGCUACUGCCCUAGAGAUGACCCCACUGCAGGUUGCCAUGCCAACUCCACCCUCUGGGGCAUCUGAGAAAGAGAGAGACAGAGCAACAGCAAGUCCCUGUGAAGAGGGGGUUGCCCCUCCUCUUAGGAAGCGCGGCGGGGGUCGCAGACGUCAGCUGGUCUUUGCAGACCCUGAGGUCCAGAUACCUGAAAGAGAAAUGAAGGAGCAGAUCUUAAACCCGCUGGCUGAGACACUGGAACUGUCAGAGGUAAUGCUGAACUUGCCCUCUUUGAGCAACCGUGCCCCUGCUCAGCUCUUCAGCGCCCCCUGUGGAUCCAUCCCCCAUGCUGACCUCCUGUCACUAUGGAAACAGAGAGCCUUGAUCACCGUCCUGCCCGGACAUGGAGCAGAACAGAGAGAGGAGGGGGAAGAAGAGGAGGAGGCCGUGAGAGGGGAGUCAGAGCAGGACAGAGAAAUACUGAGGACAGAGAGGAAGAGGAGGCACUCAAGCAUGAGAGAGAUAUCCAGUGAGUCAGGACUGCAACCCGCAGAGGGCUCAUCUGUAUUAGAUGUGAUCCUGGACAUGUCCAGAGAGGACAAAUCUGUCAGUGAUGUGAUCACUCCUGCCAGCAGAUGGUCUCCACAAGAGGAGGCCCAGUUGCGAAUGGAGCCUAUAGCGGAGGAGAACAUCGAGAUGCCCGAGGCUCAGACUGACACAGAGAGCAGAGACCUGCUGAGCUGGAUCUCCUGCGGCCUGCAGAGGUUUGGACAUGUAACCUUUGACUCUCUGGUGCCCCCAAAGGCCGACCGCACCACUGUAGCUCACACUCUCUACCAACUGCUGGAGCUGCUCUCCUGCCGACAGGUGGCUGUACACCAGACUGAGCCCUACAGUCUCAUCACUAUAAACCCUGUAUGA